CACCAUCUUCACUCAUCCGCAUAUACACAGCCGGCAACGUAUUUAAACUCUUGAUAAUAAUGAUAUAUACUUAUCUACGAUUGUUGUGAGGAUUCCCCUUGUUUUUUUUUUAAUUGUCAGACGUUCGAAAUAAAAAAUAGAAGGCGAAUGAGGAAUUAUGCUAAACGCAAUUUCAUGGUGGAACAAAAUUGUGUGGAAAAAAUGGAAAUACAUACUGCUAGGAGUAACAGUUAUCUACGUCCUCAUACAAAUCGGUAACAUGAGUAUUUUGGGAUUUGUCAGCGAUUCCACUAAUACUGCUGACACAAAACACCGGCAGCACGCAGCUGUUAAAAAAAUUUUGUCAAAAUGGGAAGCACCGCAACAUUCAAAGCUCAUGAAAGACCCAGAAGGACACUCUAUAUCAUUGCGUGGCACUCAUGAUAAGGACAUAAUAAAAUAUUUUCCCAACUCGAAAGGAAAAUUCGUUUGUUUUAGUACUAAGGAAGAAUUGGACUAUAUCAAAGUCAACGAUGACUACUGUGAUUGCCCUUUAGAUGGUAGCGACGAACCGGGUACAAGCGCUUGUAACAAUGGAGUAUUCUACUGCGAGAAGGUUUCCAAGAAAUCCGCAGUAAAAAUACCCUCUUACAAAGUCAACGAUGGUGUCUGCGAUUGCUGUGAUGGAAGUGACGAGUGGUUGGAGGUUCCUGUCCUUGACGCAAACAAUGUUUCAGGGGAUGGACCAUUGAGCUACCGUAUUACGCAAUGUAACAAUCUGUGUAAGGAUGUACGGUAGUAAUUUAAAUGUCCAAUAAGAGUGGCCAACGAAUUUGGUGGCAGGAUAAGACUGAAAUUAUCAAAUCAGGGAUCUUACCUUUUUAUAUAAUUAUAUUGUUUAUAUGUAUAAUCAUGACGCGAGAGAUGAAGAUAAACGCUCAGGAGCGAGCGUUUUCCAACGAGUCCAAUAAUUUUGUCCACCUAAUAUUAGAAGAAAAAGCGGUGCUUCGAGAGGUAUCAAUGAUCUGUUAUGCAUUUAGAAUAAUUUAUCGAUAAUUUAUUUGUAUCUCCAUAAGUUUCUUUUUGGCGUUAGUUCUGCAUAGUGACAAACAAAUGAGAAAAUGUUAUGUUAAAAAGGAUAAUGUAUAAAAAUAAAACAUUUGUACAACAAUAA